ACUACCCUGCGAACAGGCUGAUUUUCCAGAUCAUCGCACCUUCAUCUUAGGAGUUCACCAAAGAUCCCAGUGGCCCCCACAAGCCCAACAAAUUUCCAGCACUCACAAUGUCAAACGCGUCAGAUCGCGCUCCCGUACGAGACCGGGCUGAGGCGGAUGCCUGGUUUCCAUCGCCUUUCUCUUUGACCAAGUACACAUCGCCCAAGACCGAUUUUGAUGGGGCCGACUAUCCCAAUGCCUAUAACGGUGGCAGGUGGAAAGUACUUCUCAUUGCAACUCAAGAACGAUAUCUUAAAAUGGCCGGUGGCGAGUUCUUCUCAACAGGAAACCAUCCCGUAGAGAUGCUUCUGCCCAUGAUCCAUCUUGACGCUGCUGGUUUCGAUAUCGAUAUUGCGACACUCUCGGGAGACCCGGUCAAAUUUGAGAUGUGGGCUUUCCCAGAAGAGGAUGUUGCGGUAAAGGAGAUCUUUGACAAGUAUAAGGAAAAGAUCCGUAGUCCACUCAACCUCCACGACGUGUGGGGUGAAGGGUUCACCAAGGAUACCCCUUAUCUCGCUGUCUUUAUUCCCGGUGGACACGGGGUCUUGAACGGCAUCCCCUUUUCCGAGACUGUCGGCAAAGUUCUACGGUGGGCUCACAACAGUCAGAGAUUCUUCAUAACUCUGUGUCACGGUCCAGCAAGUAUGCUUGCUGCCGAUGUUGGUAAGCCAGAUGGAAGUGAGUUCAUAUACAAUGGCUACGCAGUAGAUGUGUUUCCGGACUCUUUGGAUAAGGGCGCCAAUGUUGAUAUUGGAUAUAUCCCUGGCAAGAUGGAAUGGUUCGUGGGCGAGCGGCUUCGCAAUCUCGGUGUGACGGUCCUCAACAAGGAUAUUUCCGGUGCUACUCACCGAGAUCGUCUCCUUCUUACUGGAGAUUCGCCAUUAGCGUCAAACAAUCUCGGGAAGCUUGCUGCAAAGACAUUGCUUGAGGAGGCUGAGAGGCUCUCGUAAGAAGUUGAUGUAGCUUAGCUGUUUAAGGACAUGACACAGCUCAUCAUGGUUUUCUGUGGUGACUUGAGUAGGCAAAUCUUACAUUUUCUAAUCUGGGAAAUACCUCUAUUUCGCCGUCAAGAACGACCUGAAUUUGGAAGUAAGCCUUAAUCAAGAAAUACGUCUGAUCCUGAAGAUCGUUUGAUCAGAACUCUAGAAUCAAGUGAGAAUUAAGCGUACUCAAUCAAGCCAUAUUCUGGCAGUUGUCGUUAUAACG